AUGGAAGUGACAAUUCAAAACACGCUUAAUAAAGAUACAGAUUCUCUUAAAUAUAUGGUCGACAAUAGCUACUUUGAAUAUAUAACAGACACAAUUACUGUAGAGGCAUAUGAUAAUGGUACUCGUAAUAACCAUACAGUAUAUCUUAUUCUCAAUAUUGCUUCAUCAACUCCAACAAGAACUUUACAAUUUGCAGCAGAGUCUUAUUCUCAAGAUUUUGAAGGAGCGAAAUUUGUUUUUGAUAGCAAAAACAUGGCAGUUGAUAAUAACCCAACAGAACCAGAUGUCCAGCCCAUAGAAACAAGCACUCCAACGCCAUCGCCUUCAUCAUCAUCUUCAUCGUCAAGUUCAUCGUCAUCAUCGUCAUCAUCAACGUCUUCUCCAUCAUCAACUACAUCAUCUACUUCAUCUUCCUCUUCGACAUCUUCAUCAAAAUCUCCGGCCACAUCUCGGCCAACAAUUUCUACAGAUAAUCCAAGUACUCCUGUAGAAACACCAUCGGCUACAUGGGACGGAGAAUGGGAAGAUCCAGAAAAUGUAAUUAUUAGAGGAGAUGAUAUUCCCGAGAUUGCAGAGACGCAUCCGCCAAUACAGACCAAAUAUAUAAAGACAAAAGUUCCAAAAGUUACGAAAGUCGUGAACAUUUCGACAGGUACGAUUCUUGCUAUCGUUGUUGUAAUUCUUUCUGUGAUAAACAUUGUUAGAUCAUCCAGAAAGUUGUAUAGAUUAGCAAGUAAUAACGAUUUUGAAGGUGAAGCCGACGAUCUUUCAUGGAGUUUCACUUAUAGUACUGAUGUUUCGACAGAAUCCAAUGAUCCAUUUAUUGUAUCAUAA